AUGGAGGGAGCCGGCUUCUUCCAACGGCCACGAGGUGGUGCGUUCGCUCAUGCUGGGGUAUGUGAAAGCCGAGCCGAGUCACCUGCGGGCUCCGCGCCGAAACAGGUUCGGUAUGUCGAGGAGAACUUGCCGCCGGCGUACCGAGCUCGGGAGCGGGGUUUUGGACGGAAGAAGGUUGAACCAGAGAGAAGGCAACAGAACUCACAAAACUUCUGCCUAUGGGCACACGAAUCUGUUCCUAGCAGUGAUGAUGGCUUUACCAUUUAUCAAACAUCAUUCAUGAAAGAUCAAAAUACUGAGCAGCCAUUCUGUAGGCGAUAUCCAAAACACCACUUAGAAAAGUGUUACGCUGACAAAGCCAUUGCCGAGGAUGAAAAAAACCUGCAGCCAAGCAAGUCAUGUUAAUUCCAAGAGCACCUUUUCCCUGGAUCUGAACUACUUAUCACUCAAACACAUGAUGAAAUAAACAUUUGUGUAAAGUGAAUGUGUUAGUACAGUUGAGAGUUCAUUUGAAACUAGCAGUUAUGUAGAUUUCUCUGAAGACAUGCAUUACAAUAGCAAAAAUUAAUGAAGAGCAUUAUGAGGAAAAGUGUGCUCGUACAUAUUUUUAGAAACAGCUGUAGUAGAAGAACAGAGGUAGUGACUAUACUUGUGUUCAUCCUAGUUGAUCCUCAUCUUGAUAUGAAAACUGCAACUUCAGAGUCAAUGGCAUGGCUGUAGUCCCAAGGAGUUGACAGUGUCUGUGUUUACAGAUGUAUUUACUGAACUGGAUCCUUGAGGAUUCACCACAACAGGGAGCCAAAACUCCAUAUUGAGGUAUGGAAUGAACUGUACUGAAAGGUUUUAUGGGUAUGAAGGCAGGUUACUAGCCAUUAGGGAAACUAGAUACCAAAGCCACUGAGCAGUAGAUUGCUGUGCAAAAAAACUGUAAUGUUCAGUUUUAACACAGCAGUUGUAUAAAUAAACAAAGGAUGCUGCAUACAGUGUCUGCAUGCCUGUACAAUAAUUUUUCAAGUGCGUGUGUGUGUGUGUAUUUAGGCAUUAUUCAUAGUAGUAAGGCAA